UGGCAGUUGAUGACUGUCACAAUAAUCUAUUCAGUUUUAAUUAUGUCACUUCAAAUACAAUUUGUAAAAUGCAUGCUAUGUGUUAUUUUAUACAUUGCAGUUUGCUUUUUUUUACUAAAAAUAAAACAGGGUACUUACUUAACACAAUAUCCAGUUUCGUUGUUUUUAGUAAAGUAUAAUCAAACAAAGAAAGAAUGUUCUGUAGUUUCUCAAUCAGUUAAUAAAAUAAAAAAUCUCAAUCAGGUAAUAAAACCAAUCAAUUUAGAAAUAGAACUUUUAGAACGUGAUGAAAUGAAAGGAGAAUUAAUAAAUUUACAGGAAUGUGCAAUUAUUCUGCAACAAAUUUCGAAUGUAUGUAUGAAAUAUAAUUUAAAAACUCCUUUGAUAAAAAGGCAUUUUUUAUAUAAUGCUGAACAUAAAUCAAUGUACUGUUGGAUUCGCAAAGUAGCUUCAACAAGUUUUACAAAAUUAUUUGCAGAUAUGAAAAAUCGUCCACCCACGCGAAACUAUUAUAAAGAUGUAGACAUUUUAUCACCACGAACAUUAAAGGAAUUGCAACUUUUAUCAAAUGAUACAAAAAUAUUUAAACUUCUUGUUGUACGAGAUCCUUUUCAAAGGCUUGUGUCAUCAUAUAGAGAUCGAAUAGCAGAUAAUUCAAAACAUACUGCACAAGCUUGGAUUUAUACAGAAAAGAUAUUCCGUUUUACAAGACCUCAAUUGUUUCAUUCGAAUACAACAACUGGUAAUUUUCAAGAAAAAGUAUUUACAUCUGAUAAAAGGUUAAAGAUAGUACCAACUUUUAAAGAAUUUUUGGAGUGGCUUUUACAAACCUCUGAAAAAGAUGAUGUUCAUUGGACUCAAUACUAUUCACACUGUGCUGUAUGCGACGUACGAUAUAAUUAUGUCCUAAAGUUAGAUGAUUAUACAUAUGGACAAAUUAAUUAUGUGUUCUCUAAAUUUGGUCUGGAUAAAAAUAAGGCAUAUUUUCCUACGUUAGGGGAAACGCAGGGUGGACACACAAACUUUGACAUUACAUGCAAAUAUUUCGCAAAUUUGACACAAGAUAUAGUUUUAAAAUUGUACGAAAAAUAUAAAAUUGAUUUUGAAAUGUACAAUUACAAUAUUAAUCGGUAUAUAAAUUGUGCAAAGAAAAGAUUCGUUGAAAAAAAACCAUAAUUUAAUAGAGAAAUACAAUAUUUUGUAGUAAGAAAAAUGUAUUUAUUUUUCGUUUGUAUAAAAAUGCAUUUCAUACUUAUAAUCCAUGAAAUUAGAUACUAAAAACAUAGCACUAUGUAUUUUUAUAAAUAUCUGUAAAAAUUAAAAUACAUAUUCAAAAAUAAUUUCAGUAAAAUUACUAUUAUACAUAUGUCACUUGUUCCUGUACUGUAUCAUCAUAUGUACUAUGAACUUAUUUACUAAUGAUUGUAUUUUUAUUUAUGAAUUAUAUUAACAAAAUUAUAUGAAAAUUUAGAUUGCAAAAUAAACCACAUAAGAGAAUUACUGGAAUUGAUAUGUAUGUACACUUUUUGUACAAACAUAUGUUUCUAUAUAAAUUUAAUUGAUUAGUGUAUUGAUUGCAAAAAAAGAAACGUAAUUUGUCAACUUUUUAUGAGGUAUAUCAAUGUAUUUCACUUACUCACUGCGAAGUUGCAGCUAUUUGUAUGUUAUCAUCAUGUACAAUUAAACAAUCAUCA